AUGUUCCGAACACUUAAGGAGUUUGUGCAAGCACUAAGAGAUAUUGUUAAGAUUCAACAAACUGCAGUGGAGGAACAUCAGAUUUUGCAUCAGAAUUGUAGUCUUAACAAUGCAAUGAUCCUAAACGACAUUGGUGGCAGCGAAGGCUUUCUUAUUGACUGGGAGUUUGCAGUUCGCAUCGCUGCAGAUCACAAAUAUCCCCUUGGUGGUACAGGCACAGUCGCUUUCAUGUCACGCGGGCUUCUUAACCAAGUCUCAGUCAUCCAGCAGGAAGCCGAGUUAAAAUCUCAGGAGAAAAAAGCGACUCAGGGACACAAAUUAGUUGAAAAACCGACAACCCCGAAAUCGUCCUCUGAUUCUAAAGCACUACCUGUAUCAUACGUCCUUCAAACUUUUUCGGAUGACCUGGAGUCCCUUUUUGUUGUGUUCACGUGGGUUUGCAUCAAGUUCUGUGGUCCCAACGGCAUGAUCACUUUUUUUGCGAAUCCGACAGAUGGAAAGUGUCUUAUAGACAAAUUUCACCCAUACUUCAACCCCCUGAUCAUGAUCCACCCCGUCACCUUCGACAUCAUUCUUGGUGUACUCAAUUCUUAUCUCGACAAGGAGCUCGUAUCUACUGUGAACAUGCUCAGGAAUGAUGCUGUCAUUCUCACACAUCGUGUCAAGGGCAAACAGAUUGCUUCAGAGUCUUUCUCUGUGGCAGCCACAACACCCAAGCGGCAAAAGUCUCGCCAUGAGUCGCCUUCUCCUGCAUUCUUUCUUGCAGUCAUGCCUCCUCGCACUGUCACCAGUCCCAAGAAGAAAAGGUCCAAGCGCAAAGGAUCUGAAGCUUCAAAGGCUGGCUUGCCCAAGAAGACUCGAGCUGCAGAUGUUGCUGAAGUACCUGGUGCGGUACCUCUUAUAUCCCUUGGCCUCACUGCAGCAGAAGUGGGAGACAAUGCACCCCGGCGUUCUGGCCACCCUAAUGCAGGAACUGGAGAUCAGCACUACAAUCUAAGCCUCGAACCUAUGGAUGUAAGGGCACGACAUCUCUUGGCCCCGACAUUCCAGUCAAUUCUCAAGCCCCAGAACCGCAUUGAGGUUCCUCCACCGUAUAGCUCACAUGAUCUAGAUAGCCAUCCAGAUGUCCCAGCCAUGGAUAUCAUUCACACAGGGCCUAGCUUUACAUUGCAGCAACCUGGUGGAAGGUUCGGAUUUGCUGCUCCAAGCACUACAGAAAUUGCUCAUUCUGAUACUACCGAGCUCAAUCUUCAGGCAUUGAAUGACCCAUAUGUCGCCAUUAGGACAAAGGUCAUUGAGCAGCGCGUUCCUGAUGCUAUCGCUGAGCAGAGAGCUAGGGACACAAUCACUGAGCAGCGAGCUAGGGACGCAAUCACUGAGCAGUCUGUGUUUUCAGAGCAGAACUUGGAUCCAGCCCUACACCAGGAGGAUAAUGCUGUUAGGGCUCAGUAUUGUUUGAGGCUGCUAGGAUCUGAGGAGCACAGUGACUCUAAAGGCAGUAGCAGCAGUGAUGAUAGCGAUGACAGCGACGAUGAAGAUGCCGAUAAAGAUGAAGAGGACAAUGGAAAGGAUGCAGAGGAGGGCAAUAACAACGACACAGUUAAGGACUCGCAGGAUUUUGGUUGGGGGGAGGUUGGCCAACACCAGAAAGAACAUCCAGGAUUUUUAGAAGAUGCACUACCUUCGCAACCUGCAGUCGCUCAUGCUCUCACACCUGAAUUUGAAUUCCAGUACUCGCGCGAUGAAGAUGACGUGAUUGCCCAAACGAGCCUUGAUAAAACCUCAGGCCCUCCGGACGGCUCACCAGGACUGCAAGGGCAACGGUCCCAACACAUGGAGACCAUUACCUCGAAGCCCAACAACGUAUUGCAAUGCCACCAUAAGAAAAAUGGAAAGCCCCGCCUUCCUGAGCCUGAAUCCCUCAAACUAUUGGAUCAAGUGACCAAGUCUAGUGUUCAGCCAUCGAAAAACAAAAAAUUCAGGUCAUCACAUGGUGGGCCAACACCCAAUCAAUUAUCUUGGUACAGGCCGCACUGUAAAAGUUUUCUGGAGGAUGCCAAAGCAGAACUUUGUGUGCAACAUGCCCUGGAGAACCCGUUGUAG